GUUAUUGUCGCGCGCAAAGCUUAACUCGCGGGAUUGAAUGUUGUAGCAACCGGGUGUGAGGAGAAGCGCUGUUAAAGUUCAUUUGUUUGCUGUAACGCAUGCUAAACGCUUUGGAACCCAAAGCAAAAUAUAGUUAUGUUUAUCUGAAACUAACCGAAUAUUUAAGAAAAAAAAAUACAUUUAUUAAAAAAAAAAAAUAGUGAAGAAGAAUGGACGACAGCUGUGAGGGAAACGAAAGUUUGGGCGAGGGCUCGUGCAGCGGCGCUGAAGAUCAAGAGAAAGCACCAGAGAACAUGAUCACCUGUGCAGAGCUGGCCACCAGAUAACUACCAUGUUGACUCAACCGACGUUUUUGCGUUCACUACCACUGAGGGAUCUGUACCCUUAUAUUCGUUGUGGUCUCUGCAAUGGCUUCUUCAUCGAUGCUACCACCAUCACUGAAUGUCUUCAUACAUUCUGUAAAAGUUGCAUUGUCAAGCACUUCUUCUGCAGCAACAGGUGUCCCAACUGUAGCAUCGUGGUUCAUCAAACACAACCAUUAUACAAUAUAAGACCUGACAGGUUGUUACAAGAUAUUGUUUAUAAGACAGUCCCAUAUUUGGAGGAAGUGGAGAGGGCACAAAUUUAUGCGUUUUACAAAGAGAGAGGUCUGCCGAUCCCAAAACCAGCAGCUCCAAGUAUGCUUCCAAUAAAGCUUCUGAAACAGAAACAGAGAGACUACAUGCCACAGUCUGUUUUCACCAUUCCUCCAGAGCUUGAUGUGUCUCUAAUGCUGGAUUUUGUUGGAGCUGAGGAGGGCAUUGAGAAUUAUAAGCCUUUGGAGAGAAAGUAUAUCCGUGUCUCAGGUGAAGCCACCAUUCGUCAUGUGGAGCUCUUUAUCCGAAGGAAGAUGGAGUUGAGUCCAAAUUUGAAGGUGGAUGUUGUUUGUGGAGAGCAUCUCUUAGAGCAGUGUCAGUCUUUGAGGGAAGUACAAAGCACAGUGGGAGAAAAUGCCCUACAGGAUGGAAUGCUGGUGUUACAGUUUGGACUUGUGCUGCCUACUCAGUGAACAGAAGACUGUGAUUUAUCUAACCUCUUAUCUACAGGGACCAAAGGGUUAUUCUAUACACUGUAAGAAGCAUAAAAAGAAAUCUUUUUCACGUAUUGCUUCCUGUUGAAAAUAAUUCUCAGUUGUUUAACUAUUAAUACUUUUCCAUGUUCUCAGUUUUUAUUUUCUUUAAUUCUUUAAUGCAAUUUUGUAAUUUAUAGAAACACUAAACUUUAUGGAAAAAACAUAUGUAUAAGAGAGACUGUAAAGCCAGUGAAAAUUAACUGUGUCUUUUGUAAUGAUCUAAAUCCAAUGCAUCUGUUUUCCACCCAAUAAAUAUAUAUUUGAAUAUUUGUGCUUUUGGCCAAAAAGAGUUGGAUUAAAAGUGCCAGAGUUUUUCUUAAA